UAGCUGCUGUGAAGGGUGGCUGACUGCUAGGGGCUGCUCAGUCUGUCCUGCCGGGGAAUGACAGAGACCAACAUGGAGCAGGGGAAGCAUCUGGCUGGCCUCAUCCUGGCUAUCACUCUUCUUCAAGGUACCAUGGUCCAGUCGCAACAAGAACAACAUUUGAUGAAAGUGGAUGACAAUCAAGAAGAUGGUUCAGUACUUCUGAGUUGUGGCUCAAAAAAUGAAGAAGUCACAUGGUUUAAAGAUGGGGUGAACAUAAGUGGAAGAGAAUCUACACGGAAUCUGGGAAAUCGUAUGACGGACCCUCAAGGGAUGUACAUGUGUCAAGGAUCAGUGCGAAAUUCAAGUCUCCAAGUGCAUUAUAGAAUGUGUCAGAACUGCAUUGAGCUGAAUGCAGCCACUGUGUUGGGCUUUAUCUUCGCUGAAAUCAUUAGCUUUUUCUUCCUGGCUGUUGGGGUCUACUUCAUUGCUGGACAAGAUGGAGUUCGCCAGUCAAGAGCUUCAGACAAGCAGACUCUGUUGUCCAAUGACCAGCUCUACCAGCCCCUGAAGGAUCGGGAAGAUGACCAUUACAGCCACCUCCAAGGAAACCAGCAGAGGAAGAAGUGAGCUCAAGACUCAGAGCAGUCCAGGUGUUCUCCCUUCUGUCCAGUUCUCAGAAACAAAGCAGUACGUUUUGGAGUGCUCCGAGCCGAGAGACUUUCAGCCCUAAAUCUAGACUCAAGGUCCCCAGAGGUGACAAAUGGAGAAGAAAGUCCAUCAGACCAAAUUUGGGCUUUUCUCAAAAUAAAAUAAAAAUAAUGUAAAAACAUGUGUGGUGUUUCAGGAGCGCCACCUAUUGGGAGGUAAUUUUUCUGUAAAAGAAAAAAGAAAAGGUCAAAUAACACCCUCUAUUUGAAUAUAACUUUUUGUCUUAAUUUUUAUUUAGUUUUCGUGUAGGUCAUAAUUCACAUGGUUCAAAUAUGCAGUGACAGGUCUCCUUCCAACUCCAUUACCAGCCACCCAUUUGCCCUCUCCAGGGGCAAGCAGCAGACAAGUUUCCCACACACCCUUAUAAGAGAAUAAGGUAUUCUGUAUCCGAGGUAUUCUAGGCAAACAUAAGCAAAUUCUUGAGAACACAUUGUUUUCUCUUCCCCUAUUUUUCACACAAAUGGUAUCAUACUAUACAUCUUUCACUUUUCACCUAAUAAAACCUGAAGAUUAUUUCAUACCAGUAUAUAAAAGAGCUCCUUUUUUCUUUUUUAAUGCAGCAACAUUGUACA